CGGUUUCCGGAGGCAGAACCGAGUUUGUCUCUCUGUGCCGUUGGCGAAGCUGGGGAGGUGGCGAGGCUAGACGGGCCUGGCCUGGCGGUGCCGUGGCUGAAGAGCGGCUAGCUGGGCUCCGAGGGGAAGGAGAAGUCUGGGGGAUUAAGAGGGGCCUAGACCGGGAGAGGGUCUCUCGGCGGCGCCACCGCCACGAUGCUCAAUAUGUGGAAAGUCCGGGAGCUGGUGGACAAGGCCACCAAUGUGGUUAUGAAUUAUUCUGAAAUUGAGUCUAAGGUUCGAGAAGCAACCAAUGAUGAUCCAUGGGGACCUUCAGGGCAACUCAUGGGGGAGAUUGCCAAGGCCACUUUCAUGUACGAGCAGUUUCCAGAACUUAUGAACAUGCUUUGGACACGGAUGUUAAAAGACAAUAAAAAGAACUGGAGGAGAGUUUAUAAAUCUCUGCUGCUGCUAUCUUACCUCAUAAGGAAUGGAUCAGAGCGUGUUGUUACAAGUGCCAGAGAACACAUUUAUGAUUUGCGAUCCCUGGAAAAUUACCACUUUGUAGAUGAGAAUGGUAAAGACCAAGGUAUAAAUAUACGCCAAAAAGUGAAAGAAAUGGUAGAAUUUGCCCAGGAUGAUGACAGACUCCGUGAAGAAAGGAAAAAGGCAAAGAAAAACAAAGAUAAAUAUGUUGGGGUUUCUUCAGACAGUGUUGGAGGAUUCAGAUACAGUGAAAGAUAUGAUGCUGAGCCCAAGUCAAAAUGGGAUGAGGAAUGGGAUAAAAACAAAGGUGGAUUUCCCUUCAGUGAUAAGCUAGGCGAACUGAGUGAUAAAAUUGGGAGCACUAUUGAUGACACCAUCAGCAAGUUCCGAAGGAAAGACAGGGAGGAUUCUCCAGAAAGAUGCAGUGAUAGUGAUGAAGAAAAGAAAUCUAGAAGAGGUAAAUCACCAAAAAGUGAAUUCAAAGAUGAGGAGGAAACAGUGACUACAAAACAUAUCCACAUUACACAAGCCACAGAGACCACCACAACCACCAGGCACAAACGCACAGCAAAUCCUUCCAAAACCAUUGACUUGGGAGCAGCUGCCCAUUACACAGGAGACAAAGGAAGUCCAGACCAGAAUGCUGCAGCUUACACUCCACAGUCUACAGCCAAGGUUCCUGGUAGCAAGUCAUCCAGUGACCUCGUUGAUCUUUUGUUCGAUGGUACAGACCAAUCUGUUUCAACAGGUGGCUCCACUGACCUCUUUGGAGGCUUUGCUGACUUCAGCUCUCCUGCAGCUGCUGCUGCUGCCUCUGCAAGCUGUCCCUCAUCGCAAGGUACAGUUACAAGUGGGAAUGGAGAAUUUGGUGACUGGAGUGCCUUCAACCAAGCUGCUCCAUGUCCAGCUGCUCCAGCUGGAGAGCUCUUCAGUAGCUCUGCUCAGCCAGCUGUUGAGCUCUUUGCCAGCUCUGCUCAGCAGAGUCUUGGCCAGUCUCCAGCUGCUUCAAAUUCUGCUGACCUCUUUGAUUUGAUGGGUACCUCCCAAGCCACUAUGACCUCUUCUCAAAGCAUGAAUUUCUCUAUGAUGGGUUCUAACACAGUCAGCAUUAAUCUACCCAUGUCAAGGUCACAGCCUUUGCAAAGUGUUAAUCCAAUGAUACAGAAGCCUAAUCCACUGUAUAAUCUGGGCACAGAGAUGGUCCCCAAAAAUGUAAGCAAAACUCUGCCUUCCACUUGGUCUGAUCCCAGUGUAAAUAUCAGUUUGGACAAUUUAGUUCCUGGUAUGCAGCCUUCAAAACCCCAGCAACCAUCACUGAACACAAUGAUUCAGCAACAGAAUAUGCAACAACCUAUGAAUGUGAUGACUCAGAAUUUUGCAACUUUGGGCCUCAACUCACCACCCAGCAUGAUGCCUCUUCGACCUCCAGCAAAUCCAUUAAUGGGAAGCCCUGUUCCUGUGGGGAUGGGAAUGCCUCCUCCAAUGACUAGCACAAUGGGGAUGGCUUCCAUGGGAGGCCCUAACCCUAUGAUGAACCAGGGCAUGAUGGGAAUUAAUGUGAACAUGGCAAUGCCAGCAGCUGGAAUGGGUUUGUCAGGUACAAUGGGCAUGGGAGUUCCUAAUAUAGCUGUGGCAUCCUCCAUGACUUCUGGAACUGUGCAACCUAAGCAAGAUGCCUUUGCCAAUUUUGCCAAUUUUAGCAAAUAAAGAUUAUAAACCAAUCAGAUCGAAUGAAGGAUUUUAGCUGCACAAAUAAAGCUGGGAUAAGGGUGGAAAAUGCUGAUCAAAUGCUUUUUUUUUU